AUGACUCGAAACAUAACGUCAAUCUCUGCAUAUAUCCAUAAUGACUCAAAUCAAAAUGAAGGGUAUUCUAAGGACAUUGUGAUACCAGCAAAGCCCAAUGACUAUGAGGCUCUAUUCAAGAAAUUAGACGUUGAGCAGACGGGCCAGAUCACAUUUAGUGACUUUACCAGAGCAAUGAAGAAGCUCAACCACCCGAUGAGCGAGAACAAGGAGAUGCUUCGGACAGUAUUUGACUCAUUUGAUGGGGACAAGGAUAAAGUUAUCGAUUUCAACGAUUUCAAGCGAUAUUUAAAUCAAACGGAUGAUCAAAUCUUGAAAGGGUUCAACAAAAUAGACGCAGACAACGAUGGGAAGUUGAACAAGUCGGACUUUGUAAAAUAUUUGAAGGAAAACUUGAACCUAAAAACCAGUCAAGUGAAUACAGAUCUACUAUUUAAGCAAAUUGACUACAAAAAUGAUGGGUAUAUCACGUACGAUGAGUUUCGAGAAUUCUUGAUCUUGAUGCCCCGAUUGCAUGGCUCAAGGAUAAAAACUGCAUAUACGUUUAUAGUGGAUGAAUACGAUGUCAGUUCGGAUGGUGAUGUGACGCUUGUUAGUCAAUUCCUUAACGGGUUUGGCUUUUUCUUAGCUGGUGGAUUGGCAGGAGUAGUAUCUAGAACAUGUACAGCGCCAUUUGACAGAAUCAAAGUGUUUUUGAUUGCACGAACAGACUUGACCUCGACGAUACUUCAUUCAAAACGAGAAAUUGCUCGACAAAUUGCUUCGGGUGCAGAAACAUCAGUGAUUGAAGAAUUGCGGAGAAAAUUGGCUCACGCGGAAUUAGAAAAGAAAAUAGAACAACAGCUGAGUCUGGCUGGUACUACAAAGCUUCGUGAGAAAACAAUUAGAUCUCCCAUUGUUCAAGCAGCAAGAACUAUUUGGAAAGAAGGUGGAAUUAGAGCUUUCUAUGUGGGUAAUGGACUUAACGUCUUGAAAGUCUUUCCCGAAUCGGCAAUGAAGUUUGGAUCAUUUGAAGCAGCAAAGCGGUUUUUUGCAAGAAUCGAAGGUGUCGAUGACGUGGCGCAGAUAUCCAAAUUGUCUACGUAUUUGGCUGGUGGAUUUGGUGGUGUUGUGUCUCAGGUUGUCGUUUAUCCAAUCGACACUUUGAAAUUCAGACUCCAAUGCUCUAAUUUGGAUAGCUCACUUAAGGGUAAUGCUUUGUUGAUCCAAACCGCCAAAGAUUUGUUUCAAGAAGGUGGAAUCCGAAUAUUUUACAGAGGUAUGAUCACGGGUGCCAGCGGUAUUUUUCCAUAUGCUGCCUUGGAUUUAGGAACUUUUUCGAGCAUUAAAUCAUACCUUGUGAAGCGAGAAGCUUUGAAAAAGGGGGUACUGGAAGAUGAUGUCAGGCUCCCAAACUCUAUAACAUUGACAUUGGGAGCGUUCUCGGGUUCGUUUGGUGCUACUGUAGUGUACCCCAUCAAUUUGUUGAGAACAAGAUUACAGGCACAGGGAACUUAUGCACAUCCAUAUACAUACGAUGGUUUCUUUGACGUGCUACACAAGACAAUCGCAAGAGAAGGAUACCCGGGUCUUUUCAAAGGCUUGGUACCAAAUUUGGCCAAAGUGGCGCCAGCUGUUUCCAUCUCAUACUUUGUCUAUGAAAACUUAAAGAGUUUAUUUGGUCUACAAAAUACAGUCUAG